UCAAAAAUAAAAUGAAAUAAAAAUAUAUAACAGAACGGAAGCCAAAAGCAAAACAUUCCACUUUUUAAAUUUUGCUGAAAAAAUAUAGUAUUAGAAAUUCCAACUCUCGAUUUUCGAUUUAAUUGGACAGCAAGGUCGGGAGAGCAGAAUCGUUGGAAUAAUCUGGUUUUGUGCAGCACGAUCAAAACGAUGUCAUCUCCGGACGUUGUCUCGCUAUUGGAGAACUCGAAGGAGCUCGACCGGGUAAGGAAAGAACAGGAGGAGAUUCUCUCAGAAAUCAACAAGCUCCACAAGAAGCUUCAAACGACUCCUGAAGUAGUUGAGAAGCCUGGGGAUACCUCAUUGGCAAGGCUUAAAGUGCUGUACACUCAAGCAAAAGAUCUUUCGGAAAGUGAAGCAAGUAUUUCCAACUUAAUGUUAAGCCAAAUUGAUGGAAUACUGCCUACGGGUCCACAGGGUCAAACACGAAGAAGAAUAGGAAAAGGUAAUGAGCCGAAAAGGAAGCGAGUAAAGACUGAGUCAGAUAUUUCAAGACUAACUGCUACUAUGCGACAUCAUCUUGAAGCUUGUGCCAGUCUUAAAGGAGAACAGUUAAUUUCUUGUCAGGUAGCAGCUAGGGUCACCCCACGAAAUGCUGACAAGGAUGAAUGGUUUGUCGUUAAAGUGAUUCAUUUUGACAAGGAAUCAAAGGAAUUCGAAGUACUAGAUGAGGAACCUGGUGAUGACGAAGAAAGCAGUGGCCAAAGACAGUACAAGCUUCCCAUGGGAAAUAUCAUUGCUUUCCCCAAGAGUAAUGAUCCUUCUAGUGCUCCAGAUUUCCCUCCUGGAAAACAUGUUUUGGCGGUCUAUCCAGGAACUACUGCACUUUAUAAAGCAACAGUUGUUCAAGGCCCUCGCAGAAGGAAAACCGAGGACUAUGUGUUGGAAUUUGAUGAUGACGAAGAAGAUGGGUCUUUACCUCAAAGGACUGUGCCCUUCCAUAAAGUGGUUCUUCUUCCAGAAGGACAUCGCCAAUGAGCUUUAAACUAUUUAUAGGUGUGUAUAAAGUAGAAACUACACUAUUGCAUAUGUGCCGGUCGUCUAGUAAUUUGUGUUAUGUUUUUUUUUUCAAGAUUGACAUCCCAACUUAGUUUCAAGCAUGUAAGAAUGACACAGUAGUUCACACUGCGUGUAAAUGAUAAAUAUCCAGUUUGUGACAA